GUUCCUGCACUUCUCGGGUUUGUUUUUGUCUUCUUCUCUGGGGGGCAUGUGACUCCACGAUGGCUUCACUGAGCACCCGUCUGCUGGUGCUACGAGCUGCCAGCCUCCACCGGAGCCCCGUCCACAGAUGGUUCUCCACGAGGGUCGGUCCUCCGGGGCGCAGGAACGUCCUUCUCAUGGGUGCCCCCGGGGCAGGGAAGACCUCGGUGGGGAGGACCGUGGCCCGCACGCUGGGGCUCCCUGUCAUCGAUGUGGAUGACGACGUCUUGGAGACCACGUGGAAGAUGCCCGUGGCUGCAAAGCUGGCGGCAGUGGGGGGGCAGCGGUUCCUGGAGGAGGAAGGUCAGGCCCUGUGCGGCUUGUCCGCCUCCGGGUGUGUCGUGUCCCUCACGGGCUCGAACCCACUCCACGCUGAGGCGAUGCAGCACGUGAGGCAGAGCGGCGUGGUCGUGUACCUGGACGUGGACCUCGAGGACAUCAUGCGGAGACUCACCUGGAUGAAGGUGGACAGGAUAGUGGGUCAGGAGGCGGGGGCGUCCCUCUGGGACAUUCUGCUCUACAGGAAGCAGUUCUAUGAGAAGUGGCUGGACGUGCGCGUGCUGUGUGGGACAGGGGACACGGUGGAGGACGUGGCCGGGAAGGUGCUGAAGGCUGUGGAGAGAUAUGAAGGUCACGCUGCAGACACCUACGUGUCCACCAGGGGGGGCAGCGGGGGGUCCACCCACUUCAGUGAUGUGGUUGUAGAGGGACUGGCCACAGAUGGAGGCCUCUACGUUCCCAGAAGGGGAAUCCCACAGCUCGAUGCUGGAGAGUGGCGGAGACUGGUGGACAUGUCCUACCCAGAGAGAGCACUGGUUUUACUUGAGAAGUGCAUCCACCCACUGGACGUCAGCGCUUCGGACCUCAGGACGAUGGUGUUCGAGGCCUAUGGGUCCAACUUCUCCAGUGAGGAGGUGGCACCCGUCAAACAUCUCCACCACAACCAGUACGUCCAGGAGCUUUUCCACGGCCCCACGGCUUCCUUCAAAGACCUCGCCUUGCAGCUGAUGCCCCAGCUCUUCGCCUACUGCCUCCCUGCCAUGUGCAACUACCUCAUCCUGGUGGCCACGUCCGGAGACACCGGGAGUGCAGUGCUCAGCGGCUUCAGGAGCCUCGCCGGGGCCGACCGACAGAAGACCGGCGUGCUGGUGUUCUUCCCGGAGGAAGGAGUCAGUGAGAUCCAGAAGCUGCAGAUGAUGAGCUACAGGGAGGGCAACGCCAGGGCCGUCAGCGUCCUGGCCGACUUCGACUUCUGUCAGAGGAGCAUCAAGAGGAUGUUUGGAGAGAGCGGGCUGACGGGGCACCUCGCCGUGGAGUACGGGACCGUCCUCAGCACCGCCAACUCCAUCAACUGGGCCCGGCUGCUGCCACAGCUGGUGUACCAUUCCUCAGCCUAUCUGGAUCUGUGCCGGGCCGGUGUCAUCACGUUCGGGGAGCCCGUUGAUGUUUGCAUCCCGACCGGCAACUUUGGCAACGCCAUGUCAGCUCUGUACGCCAAGCGCAUGGGCGUCCCGAUAAGAAAAGUCAUCUGUGCAUCCAACCACAACCGCAUCGUCACGGACUUUAUCACCACGGGCCAGUAUGACCUCCGGGGGCGGCCGCUGAUGCUCUCCCACUCCCCGGCUAUAGAUAUCCUGAAAUCCUCCAACCUGGAGAGGUUUAUCUACCACGUGUCAGACGGGGACAGUGGACUCGUCAAGGACCUGUUCACACGCCUGGACGGGCAGCAGCACUUCCAGGUUCCUGAGCCUCUUCUUGGCAGGAUACAGCAGGAGGUGCUGGCUGGCUGGUGCUCUGAGGAGGACUGCCUGGCCGCCAUCCAGAGGGUUCACACACAGACGGGCUACGUCCUGGACCCACACACCGCCGUGGCUAAAGUGGUGGCAGACAGGCUGCAGGACGGCUCGUGCCCCGUGGUGCUUUCUUCCACCGCGCACUACGGGAAGUUUGCUCCCGCUGUGUUCAAAGCUUUACGAAUCCCAAAUAUUCCAGAGGAUCCCGUGGAGCAGCUGAAGAAGCUCGGCUCGACCGCGUCCAGACCUGAAAUGCACGGGGAGAUGAUGAAAUGCCUGAAGGAACGCAGCAGGGGGGGGCACACUGUUUGUCAGGCGGAGUACGGUGUGCUGGUGGAGGAGGUGGAGAACAUGAUACACGACUCCUUCCUCAAAGUUAUGUAGGUUUAUUUGACCUCCUCCAAGGAAAUCACGUUUUCACAAUCAUGUUUGUUAGUUUUUCCAUAGGAUUAUGAUAAAUUUACUUAAGAAAAAAUUACCUGAAACGUCCGGAGAGAUCUCGUAAAAUAAGAAAAAACUAUUCGGUAGGUUCAGGGGACUGAUAUUUAUGAGUGUGUUUAAUUUGGUGCAGCUUGAUUGAAUGUGAGGCCAAUGUGGGGCCUUAGCUUAGCGAAGGUCAAACAUAAGCAUAAAAGCAAGCUUACUAACAAAAUAUAUACAUUUCUUAUAUAAAUGUAUAAUAAAACAGAAAGAAUAAAGAAAGAAAUACCAGAUACAAACAGGUAUGAUGAUAAUUUGAUUUGACAAACAUCAUCAAAAGGCUAAAUCCUGCUCCAGCCUGCCUCAUUUCAUUCUGCUGUCACAGAUCUCUAAUGUGGUUUCAAGCUGGAUUGAAAGCCUAUUGAUUACACAUCUCUAAACAUCAUUAUCUAGGAUCCUGGCCCACUAGAGGGGGGUGUCUGCUUAGCCACUGCUCUGUGGGAACACUGGUGUCUUCUGCAGAAUCCAUUUGCCUAAACAUUAUUUGAGGGGGGGAUUCCUGGCUAAGUUAGAAAUCAUUAAAUACAUUUUAAAUCAAAAUCUACUGAGAUUAACCUUAAGGGUUGAUCGUGUCAUUGUGUAGUUUAAUUUGAUCUAACUCUCCUGUGUCACAUAUUUUACAGUUAUAAGUACUGAUAGGAAAAUUACAUACAAACACGUUUCUAUUUAUCAAAAUGUGCCAAUUAUUAUUUUUAUUAUUAAAAAUGAAAAACUUUAGGUAAACCAUAGAAAACUGUGAAAAAAAAUUGGAAACAAUUAAAAAAACAAGAUAUAGAUCAGAGGUAGGAUAAAGCGCAUGUAUAAAAUGUGAAUUUUAUAAGACAUUUAUUAAACCUCUCAGAGUAGAGGGGGUGAAAAACCUUUGGUAUAUGACUCUUUCAAAAUAAGACAAUUCUCUUUUUAUUCUUUGGAUAAAUACAGAAUAAAAUCAGUAGUUUGACAUUUCAGGAAAAACUUGAGUUUCUCACUGUGAGUGAGACGAGAGAAUUUAUACCACCACCAGUCUUUAUGUUAAAUAUUAAGCUCGACAGAAACUGCUGUGCUGCCAGAAAUAUCCAACCAGUGUAAAUGACAGUGUUAGGAUUUUGUCUUUUCAUUGAUUCCUCUGAUUCAUGUCAUUUUAAUGUCCCUGUGUCCUGGACUGAAGCUUCAUUGCAGAUGACGCUGGAUGUAAUUUAAAUGCAUGUUAUUGGGAAACACUCUGCAGAGGAAGUGGCUGAAAUUACAGCCUGUGUUUCCUCCUGACCUCAUCAACCAGGAAGGGCAGCGUGACCCCAGAAACACCCGAGACUGGAAACUGAUAGAUUUCAGAUGACACUCACACGAGGAACCAUGCGUCUGCUGUUUCAUCUGCAAGGACAUGAACCUUCAUAUGGACACAGAAACAGAUUCUAUAUUUUCUCAAUGCUUUAUAAUACAAAUAUAUAUUUUACUGAUGUGAA